AUGGCCGGACCGACCAAGCGCCGCCGCGACGACGGCGACGACGCCGAGCUGAAGAAGCCAGACCAGCCGCCCACGCCCGCGUCCGCCCAAGCAGACGACACGGAAGCCAAGCAGCCCUCCUCCAAGCGAGCCCGCGUCGAGGCUGGUAAGUCUCUGUUCGUGCGCUCGCUCCCGCCCUCCGCCACCGACGAGUCCUUGGCCGACUUCUUCUCCCAACACUUCCCCGUCAAGAAUGCCCUCGUCGUCACGGACCCGGCCACCAAGCAGUCCCGCGGCUAUGGCUUCGUCGUCUUCACCGACGCCCAGGACGCCGUCGACGCCCGCGAGAGGCUGAACGGCCAGAAGUUCGACGGCCGCCCCAUCAACAUCGACGUCGCCAAGUCCCGCGACCGCAAGCCCGGCGCCGACACCUCCCAGAAGGACCAGAGGCACGCCGCCGAGAGGGAGGCCAGGAAACCCCCCAAGCUGAUUGUCCGCAACCUGCCCUGGAGCAUCAAGAAGCCCGACCAGCUGGCCGCCCUCUUCCGUGCCUACGGAAAGAUCAUCUACUGCGACCUGCCCCAGGACAAGGGCAAGCUCUCCGGCUUUGGCUUCGUCACCAUGAAGCGCAAGGGCGCUGAGCGCGCCAUCGAGGCUGUCAACGGCAAGGUCGUCGAUGGCCGGCCUCUGGCCGUCGAUUGGGCCGUCAGCAAGUCCGAGUGGACCACCCAGCAGCAGAAGGAACAGGCACAGGAUAAAGCCGUGUCCAAAUCGGACAAGAAGGCCAAGAAGACCAAGGCGGCAAACGAAAACGAUGGCAGCAAGGAAACCGAGGACGGCGAGGGCGACGACAAGGAAAAGGACGAGAACGAGGACGAGGACGAGGACGAGGAAGAGGACGAAGACCUGCGCAACUUCAUGAAGAACUUUGGAGACAAGCUGGAGGACGAGGAGGAUAGUGCAGCGGAGGACAACGAGCUUGAUCCGGAGGGUGACGAUGCAUCAGACAGUGAUGGCGAUGCGAGCAACGACGAGGGAGACUCGGAUCCCGCCCCCAAGCCUCUCGUGACGGACAACUCGUCCACCAUCUUCAUCCGGAAUUUGCCCUUCUCCACCACCGACCCGGAGCUCAGGGCCCACUUCGAGUCCUUCGGCCCCGUUCGCUACGCCCGCGUCGUCAUGGACCGUGCGACCGACCGCCCCGCCGGCACUGGCUUUGUGAACUUUGCCAGCCUCGACGACGCCAAGAAGUGCUUGAGGGGAGCCCCUCGGCCGCGCCCCGCAGAUGCCUUCGGCAAGCGUUCCAUCCUGCAGGACGAGUCCGCAGACCAGGCCGGCUUGUACACACUCGACGGCCGCGUACUCCAGGUCUCACAGGCCGUAAGCAAAGACGAAGCAACCAAGCUGACCGAGGAAGGCAUUACGGCCCGUGGUGGCAAGGACAAGGACAAGAGGCGGCUGUACCUCCUGGCCGAGGGCACCAUCUCGAAUGACUCGCCCUUGUACGCCCUCUUGUCUCCCUCUGAGAUCAAGAUUCGGGAAGACAGCGCCGCCCAGAGGAAGAGGCAGAUCCAGAGCAACCCCAGCCUACAUCUCAGUCUCACCCGACUGGCUGUCCGGAACAUUCCCAGGGACCUGGACUCCAAGGCGCUCAAAGCCCUCGCACGUGAGGCCGUCGUCGGCUUCGCCACCGACGUCAAGGGAGGUCGGCGCCAACCCCUUUCCAAGGAGGAGAUCGUCCGGGGUGGCGAGGAGGAUCGGGAAGCUGAGCACAAGCGGAAGGAAAAGGGCAGAGGCGUGGUCAAGCAGGUCAAGAUUGUCUUCGAGAACAGGGAGGGCUCCAAGGUGACUGAGGGCGACGGCGCCGGCCGGAGUCGUGGAUACGGGUUCAUCGAGUACUACUCUCAUCGACCCGCUCUAAUGGCCCUUCGCUGGCUGAACGGCCACGCAGUGAAGAACGCUGCUGGCAAGUCUCACCGCCUCAUUGUCGAGUUUGCCAUUGAGAAUGCCCAGGUCGUGGCAAGACGCAACGAUAGGCAGACAAAAUUUCAGCACAAUGCAUCGUCGGACACGAACGCACAAGGCCAGGGCAGGCCUCAAUGGAGGGCCGAUGGGGCUCGCUCCCACGGUGGCCGUGACGGCAGGAAGCCGGGCGGUCCUGGAAAGGGGGCCUUUGGCUCGAGAGGCCAGGGGGCUGGCCAAGGGCCCGACAAGGCCGUGCCAGAAGCGGACGGGAAGGAUUCCAAGAGGAAGAACGCCAUCCGCGAUACCCUCGAGCAGAAGAUCAUUGGGAGGAAGAGGGUCAUGAGGAAAAAGAAGGCCAAUGCUCGUGGCAAGGCAUGA